AAUAAACCCGAAGAUAUUGUUUUUGUAACACUGAAAUGUUGGGAAGACCUCGGCGGGAAAUUGACCGAGGUUAUAUAUAGGAGACUUGUCACCUUCUUCACCAGUUCGCAGAAGUUACGUCGAGCGGAAGGACGUGAUGAGGGGUGGUGUAAGUGCUAGUCCACAGUUGUCCAUGGGGAGCCGGAGAAAUAGUGGACGUUCAGUUGGUAAUUCAUCUCUUCUAGGACGUAAUCUUUCUGACCGGAAGAACUUGCCUCGUACAAAUCAAACUACAGCUACAAAUCGGUUGCUCCGUGCAAGUCCUGUACAACAUUCGAUUCACAUACGCCACCAAUGCCCUAGGCGUCAACCUAGUCCUGUACGCUCUCUUAAGCCUGUCCACAACUCCAAUCAACCAUGUGAAUAUCCAUGGAGCAUUGAUAACCACAAUGACUACAUGUUAGAGGAGGACAGAGGCACCUUCCCACCAUGUUCAAGUCCUUCAGACCCAACCUGUUCAGGGACAGAUAAUGGCAGUAUCAGCUGCAGCAGGAGCGCCAUAAGAAGCAGUGAUGGUACGAGUAACACAAGAAAGAAUGGAAGCAGCAAGAAAGUUGAUCGACCAAUGCCAGCUCGUCCAUCAAACCCAUUGCGAUACAAAACCGAGUUGUGCAGAACCUACGAAGAGAGUGGGAAUUGCAAAUUUGCGAAGACUUGCACCUUCGCUCACGGCUUGAGAGAGCUUCGCGCUGUGCCCCGCCAUCCUCGCUACAAAACGGACCUCUGCCGCACGUACCACAGUCUGGGUUACUGCCAGUAUGGGGCGCGUUGUCACUUUGUUCAUGACCCAGAAGAAGCAGCUGGGGUGUCAUCCAUGAGAGGUCUCAGACUGCGGUCUCGACAUGACAGACUAGGUUCAGCUUUGUUGACUUUGGCUGAAAUUGCUGGUGUUGCACCAGACCCGACUGCAAGUGAUGUUCUUUUAGCUAACUUGAGACGCCUCUAUGCUAUUCGAACUAUGCAAGACGACUCGGAGAAUCGUGCUGCAUCUACUGAUAUUGGUACAGGUAUUCAGCAUGGAAAUACAAUGGACUUGACCUCAUGUUCUAAUCCUGUUUCAGUUGAUCUAUCUAAACUCCUUCCUGAAAAUAUUUCUGCAAUGUUGCUUGAGCCAGUCUCCUCCAGGAGAAGUGUAUCAGAGUCUUUUACUGGCAGCAGUGUCUUGGAUAAUUCAUUGGACCAUUUGCUGGAGUGCAGUGUAGAUGAAAACGUGGACAGCAGUAUGGAUACAGGUGUGUGGUCAAGCGCCUCCAGCAUGUCUACUUCCUGGGGAUGUGGGUCUACCACCCUAACACCCCCUCUCUCACCAGAUUCCGAUAACACAUGGCAGCCUUUGCCUUCAAUUUUGUCAGAUUUUCCCUUUUGUGAUAUCGAUCAGACAAGUGCAUCAAAGCUAGUUCAAGUACAGUGUGUUAUCUCAAACCCAAUGGAGGUGUCUCGCAGCUUACAACUGCCUACUAUUGCUGAACUUUGCCACUUGGCACAAUUUUAGAUUUAACAAUUACAAUUUAAUUUCGAGGAGAGGAGUUCUUAAAUUGUAAUGCUAUAAUUUUAAUUUUUGGUACUUAUUUUGAACUGCAAUUUAUAGUAGGACAAAGUUUGUCAAGGAUAUUUAGUGCAUAGUUAUUUAAUGGUGACCCAAGAUGUACUAUUUUGGUAAUCUUUUUAUGGAAGUUCUUCCUUUGGAAAGCGUUUAUUUUUUUUUAUCCCAGUGAGUUUUAUUCUUAAGGAAUUCAAAUUUCUCAAUAUAUAUAUAUAUAAUUUUUAUUGCAAAUCUGGUUUACUGUAACCGUAAUUAGAUUAAUAACAGACGAUCUCUUGUUGAG